GCUCCUCUUCUUCUCAUCGAACACUUUUUUUUUCUUCUUCUUGCUUAAUCAAUGGUAUUCUCCAUCUUCUUCUUCACAUUCUCUUCACCUUCACUUUUUGGGCUUUUCGUUUGAGAGAUAAAGACUUUCUAGACGUUUUUUCUUCUCUUAUGCAGUACUAAGCAGAAGAUCAAUUUACAACAGACACCAAAAAAAAAAAAAUUGGUACUGCAAUUCGUUCUCUUUCACAAAACACACAAAUCUUAUUUUUUUUUUUUAAUUCUUUCAUUCUUAGGGUUCUUUCGAUUAAUAGAGUAAAUCAUUUGCUUACUCACCUAUCGCGAGGAAGACAAUGCGGUUUCAGAACUGCGAGUUAGAGUGGAAGAUGAUGUAGUUCAGAAAUUAGGCCAUUAUAUUAAACUCAGUGUGGAGUGUGGACUUCGAAGUAUUUCUCAAGAAGCAGAUCAUGAAGAGGAAGAAGAUUCAUUAUCACCGUCUUCUUCUUCUUCUUGUGGACGGGAUAGAUCUGUGUGGUUAUGUUCAAGCUUGGUCUUUUCUUCGCGAUUCUAACUGCUUUGGGUCUCGCUGGUUACAAAUGGCUCGCUCCUUCAAUCAUGGAUAAGGGAAGAAUGCUGCUUGAUAUUAAUUUCCGUGAAGGAAGUCUAGAAACAAAGUUUUCAAAUUCACAUUUCUUCGAUUCCUUCAUCAUCAUCAUCACCUCUCUCGCUUCUCUCUCAAAUCGAUGAGGCUCUACGUCUACAUAUUACAAGCCAAAGAUUUACCAGCCAAAGAGACAUUCGCGAAGUUUCACGUUGGGAAACACAAGUCCAAAACGAGAGUCGCGAGAGACACUUCGUCACCGAUCUGGAAUGAGGAAUUCGUUUUUCGAAUCAGUGACGUCGACGAAGGUGACGAUGUUGUUGUAUCGAUUCUUCACCAUGAGCAGCAGCAAGAUCAUCAGUCUAUUGUUUCCACCACCGGAUUAAUUGGUAAAGUUCGGAUUCCGCUUUGUUCCAUUGCUGCUGAAGAGAAUCAAACUUUGUUGCCGACUUGGUUUGUUAUUGAGAAGCUUAGUGAUGGCAAGUUCGUUAACAUCGAAUGUGUGACUUGUAGAGGUGUGUAUGGAGGGAGGUUUUGGUUUAUCUAUGGAUAUGAACUUUACCAUUGUCUAUCAGGUAAAAUUCUUCUGAGUUUGUCUUUGCAAGGGAAGUGGGAAAGUACCUCUGGUGAAAAGGUUCUUAAUGAUAAGCAGGAUAUUAACUUGGAGGGUGUGAAAGAACUCCAAGGAUCGCCGAAAGAUUUGAUAUCUUCUAAAGAUGGGAGGCGGCGUAAACACCAUGAUGGGAAGCAUAUAAUGAAGAAUUUUGUCAACCAGAUUGACAAGCUUUUUCAUAAGAAAGAGGAAAUUUCUAAGAGGCUUCAUGAUGAUUCAUCGGUAGAUCAAACCGUUAACUCAAAUUAUGAGGAUGCUACUGACAAAUGUUCUUCCUCUGCUACUUGUACUGGCUUUGAGGAAGGUCUUGACCUGAUGCAGUCUUGUGACAGCGAAAGAGAAGAAAUGCCUGAGAAUCUUCAAGGGGGAAUUCUUCUUGAUCAGAAAUAUUUAGUUUCACCUUGUGAUCUUAACAAAUAUCUUUUCACGCCUAGUUCGCAAUUUAGGAAAGAAUUGGCCGAACUUCAAGGUCUAUCGGAUGUACAGGAAGGGCCUUGGACAGUGAUGCAAGAAGAUACUCCUCGUCUAACACGGGUUGUUACAUACAUGAGAGCUGCAUCAAAGAUGGUCAAAGCUGUAAAAGCUACUGAGAAUCAAGUUUAUCGGAAAGCGAGCGGGAAGCAGUUUGCUGUUUUUGUUAGUGUAAGCACACCAGAUGUUCCAUAUGGAAAUACCUUUAAAAUAGAGUUGCUUUACAAGAUACUACCUGAAACAGAGCCAACUGCUGAUGGGGAAUCUUCUCGACUGAUCAUAUCAUGGGGAAUUCAGUUUAAUCAAAGUACUAUAAUGAAAGGUAUGAUUGAAGGAGGUGCUAGGCAAGGGCUGAGAGAGAGCUUUGAACAAUUUGCUAAUCUCCUGACUAAGACUUACAAAACUCUUGAUCCGGCUGCUGUAUUGGACAAAGAUCAGGUUAUAGCAACAGUGCAGUCAGAACAAAAGACUGAUUUGAAAUCAGCUUUUCUAUACUUUUGGAGUUCCUCUGUCUUCUGUGCUGUUCUUUUGUCUGUAUAUGUUGUGGCUCAUAUGCUGCACUGUGAGCCCAGCAAAAUCCAAGGGUUUGAAUUUUAUGGCCUUGAUUUGCCUGAUAGUUUCGGAGAGCUAUUAAGUAGUGGAAUACUAGUUCUUCUUUUGGAGCGUGUUUAUAUGAUGACUGUGCACUUCAUACAAGCUAGAUUGCAUCGAGGAAGAGAUCAGGGAGUCAAAGCAAAUGGUAAGGGAUGGAUUCUGACAAUAGCUUUAAUUAAGGGAACAAAUUUGGCUUCAGUGGAAGCAACAGAGCUCUUUGAUCCCUAUGUUGUUUUCACUUGCAAUGGGAAAACAAGAACUAGCUCUGUCAAACUUCAAGCUCAGGAUCCACAGUGGAAUGAGGUAAUCGAGUUUGAUGCAAUGGAGGAACCACCAUCGGUAUUAGAUGUAGAGGUAUUCGAUUUUGAUGGUCCAUUUGACCAGGGUGCUUCUCUUGGGCAUGCAGAGAUCAAUUUCUUGAAACAUACAGCCGAUGAACUUGCGGACAUGAGUGUUCCUCUAGUUGGUCAUCAUGCUCAAGCCUCCCAGUCAAAGUUACAACUGCGAAUUUUUCUGGAAAACAAGAACGGGGUUGAAACAAUGAAGGAUUACUUGAGUAAGGUGGAAAAGGAAGUUGGCAAGAAGUUGAACAUUCGGUCACCACAGAAGAACUCCGCUUUCCAGAAACUGUUUGGUUUGCCCCAUGAAGAAUUUCUUCUCAAAGAAUAUACUUGUUACUUGAAGAGAAAACUGCCUGUGCAGGGCAAGCUUUUUCUGUCUGCUAGAAUUGUGGCGUUCUACUCGAAUGUAUUUGGACACAAGACAAAGUUUUACUUUCUUUGGGAAGAUAUUGAUGACAUCCAAGUGCUUCCCCCAACUUUUGCUUCAUUAGGAAGCCCUUUACUGCUCAUUAUUCUGAAAAAGAACCGAGGUCUUGAUGCAAAGCAUGGGGCUAAAUCUCAGGAUGAUGAAGGAAGACUUUGGUUCUAUUUUCAGUCAUUCGUGUCAUUUGAUGCGACCAGCAGGACAAUCAUGGCUUUGUGGAAAACAAGGACGUUAAGUGUAGAUCAUAGAGCACAAAUAGCAGAAGAAGACCAAGAUGUGGCAGAUCCUUUCCUCUUGCCUGAAGCUGUUGCAGUUGUUUCAGAUACGGAUGCAUUAAUGAUGUCAAAAGUGUACACGUGUGAUCUACCUGGCGAUGUAGAAUUGGUAAUGAAGAUCUUUGGUGGAGGAGAAUUGGAGCGUAAGAUCAUGGAGAAAUCCGGAUGUCUGAGUUACGCGAGUACAACAUGGGAAUCUAAAAAACCAGGCAUCUACGAAAGACGCCUUUCUUACAAAUACAAUCACUAUGUGUCUGUAUUUGGAGGCGGAGUUACCUGCACACAACAGAAAUCUCCAGCUCCAAAUGAUGAAGGCUGGAUCAUAAAUGAGAUUGUGGCUCUCCACGAUGUUCCAUUCGGAGACCAUUUUCGCGUUCAUAUAAGGUAUGAGGUGAAGAAAGCAGGAGUUGAUUGUAAAACAAGUAAAUGCGAAGUGUAUCUGAAGAUCAGGUGGCUAAAAACAAUAAAGUUCGAGCAAAGAAUUAGCAAAAGUAUAAUGGAGAAAUUCAGGAAUCGAUUCAAAGUUAUAUUUGAUUUGUUCCAGAAAGAAUCUGUUGCAAAUUCAUCUUUGACACUUCUCUGACUAAUAAAACUAUACCUGUUUUAGAUCU